AUGGCUAGCACCGUUCGUUCCCUCGGUUCCAAGGGCCUCCACUUUCUGCUGUCACUCCUUUUCAUCCAAGCGACCGUGAUCAGUGCUUCUCCCACCCCAGUAACGGGCGGCGAAAGCACCAAUAACAUCGACUCUUUGCGCGAGCCUCUCAGCAAGCGAGUACAGGGACAGUUCCCAGACUUCCCUGGCAACUACAAUGGUCGUGUUCAGAAGGGAGCCUACCUCAAGUCACUUUUCCCACUCAGCGACUCGGCGGCAAAGCAGCAGAACAGCGGAGUCACCGUCGCCACGCCGUGGCAGGAUCCCAGGGCCGUUGAACGCUGGGGAUGGACUCGCGAGAUGAACUGGUCCCCCUUUAACACCGUGGACGACGAGGCGGCGUCGGACGAUGAUGGUUUCGACUCAGAUUUCGACGAGUUUGAUGCGACGCCUGGGUUCGGAAACCUCUUGGACGUCACAUUCGCGGACCCACGUUAUCCAGUCGACCCGGCAGAGAAUGGUCUGUCCACUUACAAGCACGAAAAUAACUUCUACAAGCGCGACGGUACUAGCGUUGGAGCUGCAACAGGCGCUUCUUACCAGAACGUCCUCAACCCAAGAUCGGGCGCUAUCAUUUUUGACAGAAACUUCAGUCCUCGCUACCAAAUUGAGAAAAACAAAAUUGGGGACGUCCCUGAUCUGGAGCAGCUGUCUGAUAUGGUUUACUUCCAGUGGCUCGAUGCUUGCCAGGCGAAGGGCGUCCACCCGAGCAAUGUCAGGCUCAUCUACCGCAGCAAUAUCACAUACCGCCCUAGUUUCAACGUUGUCUUGCAGGCUCUGUAUAACAAGGGACAUCAGUCCGUACCGGGAUGGAACGACAGGGUGAUACUCUCGAUGGACACAGAGGAGGGUCUUGCCAUCCUUGGCAGCACCCAUGGUGCUGGGGCGGCUUUGUUCCUCAUACAACACAAGGCCGCCCUCGGCAACAAGAGGAUCACAGAGGUCACGGUGUGGGGAGGCUCAAGAGGGUUUGCGUUCAACGCAGACCCAGAGUAUGCGGGCCUGAGCUUAAGGUUUACAGUCUCGGACUAG